AUGAAAAUUGAGAAAGCAGUAUUUUUGGUGUUGGCUAUUUUGGUUGGCAUCUCCUCGGGGUUGAUUUUAGUGGACUCGUCGUUGGCCUCUGCUUGUAUCUAUUAUGAGCGAAUGUUCGAUUGGGGCUGCGACUCGCACGGCAUGGGUUUAAAAGCCUAUAAGUGCCGUUGUGCCGAUGUCAACUGGCUUGGCACCAUGGCCAAUUGUAUUGGUAACAACACACAAAGCAAACGAGUGAGAGACCACGCUUUCAAGCACGUUGUUGUAAAAUGUCAGUCAAAAUAUAAAUUUGACUAUACCGUUGAUGACAUGUACCAAUACUGGAAGAAUGGUACCCAAUACCUCAGAGAUCCAACACCAGCAGACCUGACAAACCCUGUGAACACAACACUUCGAGUGGACCAGCCUGAAUUUGACUGGUAUUACAAAAAAUUCUCAGAGUACACUGCUUAUGCAGAGAAGUGUCAGUGGUUCGGUUGGGGCCUCGUUUUCUACUGGGUUACCAUAAUAGUAGUGACCACUAUUUACAACUUCAAUAACAAAUUCAUUGGCAUCAAUUUGACAAACAAGUGGAUUACAAGGACGCUAGUCAUACCGUCGAUUUUCAAAAACACAUUUCAAAGAUUUCCUGUAUUGCAUACGAUAUUUCCCGGGCCUUAUGCAUCUCGUUUGCAGGGUCUUGUGGUGACGGUUUUCAUUGUCCAAGUCAUCAUUACUACCGGUGUGGGUUAUGACAUGCAGUUGCCUCAUCCAUACCUGACGACCCGGUGGUUCAUGAAUCUCACGUUGCUGAGCUACAGGACCGAUUUGAUGUGUAUGUCCUUAUUUCCAGUGAUAUUUUUAUUCGGUAUUCGCAACAAUCCAUUUAUUCCGCUAACUGGAAUGUCAUAUGCGGCUUUCUCUUACUUCCACAAAUGGGUUGCCUACGUUGCGACGGUCCUGGCUUUUAUCCAUUCAAUUAUUUGGACCGCUUACAACGUUAAAACUCACGAAUACGCAAGCUCUGUUAGGGACCUCUAUUGGCAGUAUGGAAUCGCUGCCAUGAUUUUGAUGGCACUUCUUGUUUCUCAUAGCACGAAACUUUUGAGAGAUAUGGCUUAUGAGGUUUUCCUUUUCGUCCAUCAGUUCAUGAGCAUUUUCUUCAUUGUCUGCAUGUACUACCACUGCAACACUUUGGGGUGGCUUGGGUGGAUCUGGGCAAUGGCUGGUAUUCUCUGCUUUGACAGGUUUCUAAGGAUUGGCCGUAUAGUUUUGAGCGGUGGCUUGCAAAAGUCCGUUUUGACAGAUUGUGGAAACGGUAUCAUUAAAAUGACACUCAAGAAGCCAAAAUAUCUAACCUACACCCCUGGAACGUUCGCAUUCGUCUAUUUCUUGAACUGGAAGGCCUCGUGGUACUACCAGUGUCAGUCUCAUCCUUUCACCUUACUGAGCACCUCGACCCACGGCGACCAACUGGUCGUUAUAUUUAAGGCACACAAAGGUGUCACUAAACAGCUGCUCCACAGAUUGCUAAAAUCGGGCACAGACUCAAUCGAAAUAAAAAUAAUGAUAGAGGGUCCAUAUGGUGACGUGCUGCCUCAAAAGGUCAAAGUGGAAAGAAAGCUAGUGGGCGUGGCCGCGGGCUUAGGUGUCACCGCCGUUUACGCUCAAUUGGCACACCUGCUGGAUGUACAAGUACCUAUAAUGGGUUCCAAAAUGUACUGGGUGGUCAAUGACCUGGCUCACGUCUCAUGGUUUAACGACGAGAUUAAUUGGCUAAUAUCCAAAAACUGCGACGUCACAAUAUUGUGCACUACUCGAAGGGACGAGAACGACUCAAAGAGCCCAUCUUUAUACUGUUCUGUUGAUGAUUUCUCCGCAAACGUCACAGUAGAAUCUUUGCACGGCAGGCCUGAUCUGACUACUUUGGUAGAAGAAGAGGUUCGUGAGGCGUCGGAACAUUCGAGAGAUUUGACCUUCAUCAAUUGUGGGCCCGCCACUUUCAACGUCGACUUUAGAGCUUCGGUAGCAACGUCACUUAAUCAACCGAAAAGCAUCGACAUAGCGCUCUGCGAGGAGACUUUUACAUGGUAA